CCGCAGUUCGUAUACAUUCGCAGCACACGCUUGGUCCGCCGCCGCCCGGCAUCCAAGUUUGCGCCGGCACCAGCUCGCGGUCGCGUCUCUCCGCCGUCGUCGAAAGCCCGCCAACGCCAUCGGUUUCUGUACCCGGAGAGUGUAUUCCGUGUGCUCCGUCAAUUCGCGCGCGUGUUCCGGCCGUUUUUUCCGCGUGUUUUUCUACCGUUACCGUUGACGAACAAUCCGCGAUUGCGUACGUUUUUUUUUAUUUUGAAAAUUAUUCAUUUUUUUUACAAUUUAAUUUUUUCGUCGGGUAAAAUUUCAAUAGGUUUUCGUUUUCUCGUCGUAACUCGUUUUACCACGGUUCCGUUUUGGUUACCGCCCGUCCCGUCGGGUUGUUGCGGAAAUUCGGUAGCGGUUUUUUUUCUUUCCAAAUUUUUGUUCCAUGCAUUUACUCCGCGAGUUGUGCGCCGUACCGCGGUAUCCGCGGUGAACGAAAAUAUAAAAUUUUACAGUUCGUAAUCAAGACUUACUUGUACAAAUAAUAGUUUACGUAGAUAUGUUGUAUAUAUUUUAAACGCCUGCUAUAUCGUGGUUUAUGUUUUGUCGUUAGUGCGUCACGUGCCGAGAGUGCGGUCUCACAGUUCUAGUGACGCGUCGACCGAUCGCGGGUGCGUCUUUUCCAGGACCACAGGUUUAUCCGAUCUAUCCUCAGGGGGAUAAAAUUGUAUUUUCACGCGCGCACAUUCAUUUACACGUGUCCACCCACCCACACUUGCUUUGCGCUUCGUAACGGCCCGGGAUUCAUCAGUAUUAGACCCCGGUCGUGUUUCGCCCGAAAACCAUUUGCCAUCCUUUUUCUUGCCCACCGCUUUCGCUUAUCACACAUCGUCUAGAACGAUAUGAAUCUAUUCCGAGCCCCCUCCCCCACUCCCGAAUAGAGUAGUCUGAUUAACGCGAGCUCGUAAACGCAAUACAAUUUUCCCGUAACCCAUGAGGAUAGACCGGAUAUAAGACGCGUACGAAAGAUGGACCGUUGUUUUUUGUUUUAGGUAUCGUUGGCCGCAUAUUUUCGCUUGCGAUCAACACGAUGAUCGGGCGUGACGGCGCUCGUGAGUGGCGACAUUCAUCCGGGCGAACCACCGCUGACGGCCGCCGGCUAACGUUAACCGAUACGUAAACUUACGGCCGCAGAUCCGAACCACCGCGCAACAUUAUCCGUCACGUUGUCCGCUCACAUCACACUCGGCGAAAUGCCGGCGUACGUCGUUAAAAUAAGUCGGAUGGAAUAAAAAAUUUUGAAAAAAGCAGUGUUAGAAGUAAGACGAAGAUCCGAGAAGAUUAAGAUAAAAUGACACAGGCGUUGGACAAAACAAGAAUUAUGACCCUAACAAGUACCCCGUGUGACCUGAGUACCAUGAGUCUGUUUCAAGACCUGAAACUGAAGAGGCGCAAAAUAGAUUCAAGGUGCAGCAGUGACGGCGAGAGCAUAGCGGACACGAGUACUUCAUCACCAGACGUUGCUGGCCCAGCGUCUCCAUCUAGCCGAUUGGACAGAUCAGAACCGUCGCCCAGUCUAAUCAUAUCAAUGGAUAGGAUGGCGUCGUCUCCCGAAUGCGGCAGCGUGACCAUGGACAGCGGGCAGGACCCGAAUGACGUGGGUGAACGCGUGCAAGUCAAAGAGGAGAUAUUGGACGAGAAAAAAGACAUGGUCGGGACGGGAUACGAGUCCGGGACGGUGGUGGCCGACAACAAGACGGAACGGUCGUCACCGUCGGUCGCAGCCGCGGCUGCGGCGGCUGCAGCGGCCACGGCGGCGGCGCACCAGCAGCAGCAGCAGCAGAGGCGCGAGUCGGUGGUGAUGACCAGCCCGAUGAGUUGCGUGGUCAAGUCACCGCCGCCGCCGUCGCAGCCACCCUCGUCGCCGUUGACUUGGUCGUCAGCGGUAGCUCAAACGACUACGACGCCACCACCGCAACAGCACCAACACCAACACCUGCCGCUGCAUCAGCAGCAGCAGCACCACCAUCAGCAGCAGCAUCAGCAGCAGCAGCAGCAGCAUCAGCAGCAGCAGCAGCAGCAGCAACAGCAUCAGCAGCAGCAACAUCAGCAACAGCAGUUGUCGCGGUGCAACAACACGUCGCCUCCCGCGGCCAACGACUCGAUGUCCGUCACGCAACAGUACCAGCAGCGCAGGCAGUCCGUCGUCACGUCCGUGUCGUCGGCGUUUUGGAACACCGGCACGCAGACGUCGACGCCCGCAUCCGCGGCCGCAGCGGCCGCCGCCGCCGCGUCCGUGUUGUCCGUGUGCCGCAUAAACGGUGUCCGGCCCGAACUGAUCGGCGGCGCUGGAUUCGCGUCUGCCGGCACCGCGGCCGCCAACACCGAUUUGCAAUUACUGCGUACACUAUUAACGAGACGUUUUCGUGCGUUCACAGGUGGCGUCCGGACGAUGAUCUGGUCAAGUCCGCCCGGCACUGUGGAACAGUCCACGUCGCCGGCCAGCGUGGGGAGCGGAUCGGUGCAGACGUCAACGGUUGGCUCGCCGUAUUGGUCGUCCGCGACCACGUGGUCGUCCAACACGUCGUCCGCGUCAUCGCCGUCUCCAUCGCCGGUGGUCAGCGAAGAAUCGGCCGCCCAUCUGUUGCUGAACCUCGGCGUGGCCGCUGGCCACGACGCCGCGUCCGUUAUCAGCCACAUGCCCGGUCUCAGGCCCAUCAGCGGCCAGCAGGCGUCCGUGGCCAGCAGCGGGAACAACGGUGGCGGGAAUAGCAACGGCGGUAGUGGUGGCGGCGGUGGCGGUGGCCAGCAGCAAAGCUUCCACGUGCCGCUCAAUAUGGAACGGCUGUGGGCCGGCGACCUAUCGCAACUCCCGGUGGCCGCCACGCAUCAGAUGCAUGCGCUCAACCUGACGGCCAGUACAGGUGGCGCGGGCUGGCCGAUGAACUCCUUGAACGGCGACAACAAACCCGCUCCCGUCAACACGUACCACCAAAUGGAGGAGGCCGACGAGCAGGACCAACCGAUGGUGUGCAUGAUCUGCGACGAUCGGGCCACGGGUCUUCACUACGGCAUUAUUACUUGUGAAGGGUGCAAAGGGUUCUUCAAGCGUACCGUCCAAAACCGAAGGAUAUACACGUGUAUAGCGGAAGGGACUUGCGAAAUAACAAAAGCUCAAAGGAACAGGUGCCAGUACUGCCGGUUCAAAAAAUGCAUAGGACAAGGGAUGGUGUUGCAAGCCGUUCGAGAAGACAGAAUGCCCGGCGGAAGAAAUUCAGGUGCUGUUUAUAACUUGUACAAGGUUAAGUACAAGAAGAAGAGACCGCCGAAGAACGGUCAGGUAAAAAUGGAGAAAUCCGUUCCCUGUACCACGGCCAGUACGAUGACUACGAUGAAAACGGAAAACCAGGAUAACGCCUCGUCUAUUUCGACACUGGUCAACGGGACCAUAUUAAAGACUGCACUGACGAAUCCAAGCGAGGUCGUUUACCUCAGACAAAGGCUAGACAACGCUGUGAGUUCGUCGAGGGACCGUACGUUUUCGAUCGAAGCCACGGUUAACAUGAUCAAGAAUCUUGUGGACUGCGACGAAUUCCAAGACAUCGCUACUUUGAGGAACAUGGAGGAUUUGCUCGAACACAAUUCUGAUCUAUCGGCCAAACUCAUGCAGAUCGGCGAUUCGAUCGUGUAUAAACUGGUGCAGUGGACUAAACGUCUUCCGUUCUACCUCGAACUGCCCGUCGAAGUGCACACAAGACUUUUGACUCACAAGUGGCACGAACUGCUCGUGUUGACCACCUCGGCGUAUCAAGCAAUACACGGGCCACAAAAGAUAUGGAACUCCUCUAAUAUCAACGGCGAUCGAAACGACGAUUCCGAGUUCCACCAAGAGGUAUCUCACAAUUUAUGCAUACUGCAAAACUGCUUAUCGUCCAUGAUGGGUAAGCCCAUAACGAUGGACCAGCUCCGGCAAGACGUCGGCGUGAUGGUGGAGAAAAUCACUCACGUCACCCUCAUGUUCAGGCGGGUAAAACUGCGGAUGGAGGAAUACGUGUGCCUGAAAGUCAUAAUCAUGUUAACUCAGAAUAACGGCAGUACCACUAGCGAGUUGGAAACUAUUCAAGAGAGGUAUACGUCUUGUUUGAAGACUUACGUCGAACACACUUUUCCCAUGCAACCCAACAGGUUGCAAGAUCUCCUCCACCGACUGCCUGAGAUUCAGUCGGCUGCUUCACUCUUGUUAGAGUCGAAAAUGUUUUAUGUGCCUUUCCUCUUGAACUCCACGAUCAGAAGUUAGUUUUACGGAAGAUAGCCUCGAACCGAAUAAUAACCAGUUACCAAAAUAAUAACUAAAGAGUAUGAACUAUACAGUUUGAAAAUGAAAAAGAAAAAAAAAAGAAGAAUGGGAACGACUAGACUAUUGUAACCCGUGUGUUUUCGCGCGCAUAGUACGAAUUUGUUUUGUAGGUUAAUUAUGCAUUGUUGAUUGUUAUGAGACCAAGAGGAGAUUCUUGUACUAGAAAUUUUUUUUAACAUAUUUAUACAUAAAUAUAUGUAUGUAUAUAUGUAUAUAUAUAUAUAUAUAUAUUUGUUAUGUUUCGUCGUGACGACGAUAUCCCAUGUAACAUACGUUUUUCCCUAUAUCAUUUGGGAGUUAUUUAAUUGAACGCAGUUGUGGACAACAAUUUUUAUAUAAACAUAAUAUCAGUGUAAUAUUCAGUGUUAUAUAUAUAGAUGUAUACAUAUAUGUAUGGUUAUACAAAUUUAUCCCUUGUCUGUAUAAACUAUAAAAUAGAAUAAUUAUACGGCGUGAGAUGAGUUUGCCGAAAGAGAUUAUAAUAUACAUCGUAUAUGGGUUACCUUUGUACUAAUUAGACUUAAUUAUGUGUUAUAGUGUAUUAUAUUUCGGGUGUACGAACGAGUAUGGUACCUAAAACAUAUAUUAAAUUCGAUUACAUUUCGUGGUUAAGAUAGGCUGGACUAUAUCUUCUCUCUAUCUCUUUAUUUAUAUAGUAUAUCUCUAACUCUCCUUUUCAUCGAUAAAAUAUAUGUUAUAGGUACUUUCCUCUUUUUUUCACUUGGGGUUAGGCAAAAUGAGUAUACGCGCACAGUUGGUUUCCACUGAAUAUAUUAACGUUUAUUAUCAUAUAUAUAAAUAUAUAUAUACUCGAGAUGGCUAAAUUAUUUUGGUAUUUCUGAUAAC